AUGACGGAUGGAGUUCCUGAGCCGGAACCAAGGUCGACUCUUGCGGACACUAUUGCUGAAUGUGGCGAUCGCUUAGAAAGUGUCGGACUUCCUCGGGAGAGUGACAAGUUCAUCAUCGGUCAAAUCGGCUCAUUAUACCGGGCGACGGAGUUCCUGGAAGGUCUUAUCGAUCUCUUGUACUCGCCAAUCAAGAAGAGCGAGAGCAAGAACACCUGGUCAUCAGCUAGUUAG